CCCCACUCCCCAGUCGCCGUCCUCGUCGCUCGCUCCGUGCCUCCCCGCGGGCCGCUCUCCCGUCCUGACGAUGGCGCGUGGCGGCCGCGACCGCCUCCUGGGGCUCGCCCUGGGGCUGCUGCUGGCGCUGGCGCUGGCGCCCGGGGCGCUGCGGGCCAAACCCACGGUGCGCAAGGAGCGCGUGGUGCGGCCCGACUCGGAGCUGGGCGAGCGGCCGGCCGAGGACAACCAGAGCUUCCAGUACGACCACGAGGCCUUCCUGGGCAAAGAGGACUCCAAGACCUUCGACCAGCUCACCUCGGAGGAGAGCAAGGAGAGGCUGGGGAAGAUUGUUGACCGAAUUGACAGUGAUGGGGAUGGCUUUGUUACUACUGAGGAGCUGAAAACUUGGAUCAAGCGAGUGCAGAGAAGAUACAUCUACAAUAAUGUCGCUAAAGUCUGGAAGGAUUAUGAUCGGGACAAAGAUGAUAAAAUUUCCUGGGAAGAAUACAAACAAGCCACCUAUGGUUACUACCUAGGAAACCCUGAAGAGUUUCAAGAUCCUUUAGAUCAUAACACCUUUAAAAAGAUGCUGCCACGUGAUGAGAGAAGGUUCAAGGCUGCAGACCUCGAUGGUGACCAGAUAGCCACUCGGGAGGAGUUCACCGCCUUUUUGCACCCUGAGGAGUUUGAGCAUAUGAAGGAAAUUGUGGUUUUGGAAACUCUGGAGGACAUCGACAAUGGGGAUGGGUUUCUGGAUCAGGACGAGUAUAUUGCGGAUAUGUUUUCCCACGAGGAGAACGGCCCUGAGCCUGACUGGGUUGUGUCAGAACGGGAGCAGUUUAAUGAGUUCCGGGAUCUGAACAAGGAUGGGAAGUUGGACAAAGAUGAGAUUCCGCCACUGAUCCUCCCUCAGGACUAUGACCAUGCUCCCGAGGCCAGGCACCUGGUGUAUGAGUCAGACAAAAACAAGGAUGAAAAGCUAACUAAAGAGGAGAUAUUAGACAACUGGAACAUGUUUGUCGGAAGCCAAGCUACCAAUUAUGGGGAAGAUCACAAAAAUCAUGAUGAGCUUUGAUACAUACAGCAGACUAUGGGAGGCUUUCUUUUAAUGUCUGGGAUGGUUGCUACAGUUGUCUCAUUCACAAAAAAAGCAAAUUUAUAACCUCAGAUUGGGGUUAAAAUUGUUUUUCACUCAGUAUUUACUGGAAAAUCAUUAUUGCUAUUCUUUCAGUGAGACUUCUCUCCAAACACAUUAAAACCUGGGUAAAUUGCUUUGGGGAUACUUGCUAAAACAUGAUUUUUUAGCUUUUUCCAUUAAACGUAGACUAAAGGGGAAGAAAAUUUGAAAGAGCCCCUAUAUUCAGAAGUUGGGUGGGUUGGGGGCAAUAUAUGAAUCGACUGCUAUGUUAUUUUAACCGCACGUUUUUUGCAUUUGCCACUGUUGAACGGCCGGUGAGAGAAAGUUCUGAUGAAACUACAGUGGUGUCCUCCUGUGUAGGCUUAUUUCAGAGCACGUCUAAUAUUCCAGAUUCUUUCUUCUUGACUUUGUACUCUGAGCUGUCACUGUAAAUGGUAUAUAAAACCUCCGUGCAUUUUUCUGCACGGACCUGCUAAUGUGCACAACAAAUCCCUAUCUUUGUGCUUUUUGUUUUUACAUUAAGAAGCAAUCAAGAAAGAUAAUGUGAAAAAGAAAGGAAUUUUAGAGGUAGGGAAAACAUGAAUGCCAGGCAUUCAAAGAGCUAUAGGAAAAUGAUAAACACUUUAUUUUACUUGAGAACAUUUUCUUGACAUGUAAAUGAGGUAGGUCUGAUCUUUGAAAAAGUGAAUAGAAAUACCAUCCAUUUCCUCGCUGAUCACCAGUAGGAAUGAGGCUGUGGGGUCCUGGGGAAGCGCAGUGUGCGGAGCUCGAGCUCUGGAACCCGCGCCGUCUGGUCCCCGUGAAGCUGCGACCCUUGGAUCUGCCCCCCGGGACUAUCCACCGUGGAACGAGGACACGAUGAUGUUCCAGGCCAUUGGCUGAACUGGUAGAAACAACUUUUACAGGUUGACAUUUCACCUUGUAAGUAGCAAGUGAACAAAAUAAAGGAUCCUGCUGAGGAUUUUCUACUGUG